GUGAUACGUGUAGAAUUUCCAAUACGUGUGAUACGUGUAGAAUUUUGCCGUUUGUGAUACGUGUAGAAUUUCCAAAAUAUAACAGACUCACAACUGACAACAACGCAUAACAUGUUUAGUUAUGAAUGACACUGGUUAAAAAAGACAAAAACAUAAAAUUAAAUCAACAUGAAAAUUAGUUACUAAUUCUGAGACUACUCGAAUUAAUUUUGUAAAUGUUAUUUUCUGAUGAAUGAUGUAGCACGAGACUUAUAUUGCAGGAUUGAGUUAUGUUACCUUGUGGACGUUUUAUGGUUUCAGUUGGCACCCUGUAUGACAUGUCAUUAGCGCUGUCGGUUACGACAGAAGAUUCAGUGGAGAUUGCUCCUCCGUCGCCCCAGCGAUGUGCUCCGGAUGACGUGUUAAUGUACUGUGACUGCUGUCAUAAAUUCCUCCCUACUCCGUGUUGGCUGCACGCUGCCAGUGUCUGUGAUGAGCCAGUUAUUCCGUUGUCCGUCGGCAGUUUGCCCAAGAUGCUCUACUUGGAUGUUUGCGACGAUUCGUUAACAGGGAAAGCUGUGUUUGCCAAGGAAGUCAUUGUCCGUCACACGGUGUUUGGGCCGUUAAUUGCGCCGUUAAUGCCGGGUAACAGCGAGAAGGCGUUGUAUAUUUGUAUUACGGAGGAGCACCGUAAAUAUUACGAACUUGAGUCGGAUUACGCGUGUAACUGGAUGAAGCAUGUCCGCUUUGCGGACAACCUGCAAAACAGCAAUUUGCUGGUGUUCUCGCGCGGAUCGCAAGUGGUCUUUGUCACCAUUAAGACAGUGUCGCCGCACGAAGAACUGAAGGUCUGGUAUUCCAAACAGUACCUGGAUAUGGUGGACACGCCGGUAAACGCUGCUGUUGUGGACUUUCAACUGAAAAUGGAGGAUGAAGUAAAGGGAACUUUUUUACCAUCUGAUGAUUACGCCGAAGUGGCAGACGCAGUACCGAGGAACAGUAAAGUGACCGGAAGUUCCCCAGUGGAAGCUGUUUGUGUUUCUCAUUUGCCGAUGGAAAGCGGGUCAUCGUUGCCAGUGACUGUGGACGCUGAUUACCGACAGACUGACGAAGGCUUUCGUGUACGCUCGAAACCCAGGCGAACAAGAAAAACGGAAAAUUUUUAUACCAGCAAUAUAUGCUCGGAGUGCAAUAUGAGAUUUCGGAAGGAAGAUAUGCUGCGUUUGCAUCAGUUCAGUCACACGGGCUACGAUGAACAGCCUGAACGAGAGUGUCCUGAAUGCUCGAAACAUUUCGACGGUUUUCCCGCUUUACUAAAGCAUGUCGACGAGCAUGGUACACCGCUUGUGCAGUGCCCGGUCUGCAAUGACACGUGCAGUUUGGGCGUUAUCCUCGUGCAUCUUCGCCGCUACCAUCCCGGAGUCGAAAGAGGAAAGCUAUAUGAGAAGCGUUUGAAUUGUGAUAAAUGCGGUAUGCGAUUUUCCUAUAACUUCCUCUACCGUUUACACCAGCUGGGUCAUCAGGACAAGGAGUGUGUCGACAGCAUAAAAAUUUCGCGAAAAUGUCCGGAAUGCGGUGACAUGUUCGAAAACUUGGAAGAAUUGGCGGAGCACGUGGAUGUGCACGGAAAGCUAAUGAAGAAAUGUCCAGUGUGCAACGGCUAUUACCCUGGCAUGGAGAAACAUAUUGCACGUGAUCAUCCGCAGUAUUUGGCCGAAACACGUUGCCCGGAAUGUGGGAAAGAAUGCGCGAAUGAAUCGUCCUUACUGCACCACCUGCAGGGUCAUCAGAUGAGAGCAUCUUUAGAUAGCUUGACAUGUGACGAAUGCAGACUGCAAUUUGCGAAAGACAGUUUAUACGUCCUGCACAAGAGCAGUCAUGAAACUCCAGCCUGUCACGCUAUUUCCGGCGCGCAAAAGUGCCCUGAAUGCGACGAAGAGUGUGACGGCAUGGGUGCACUGCUGGAGCAUGUUGUCAAGCAUGCUGUCGCCGCGCAGAAAUGCCCCGAAUGCUACCAUUGGUUCCCCCGCCACCGUCUGCGUUUUCACAUAAAGCGUCACAAAUCGGCGCAUCAUUCUGUGUUACAAGAGAAAGAGUCAGUGAAAAGACCAAAUUUGGCUGCGUUGACUUGUGCUGAUUGUGGACUGCGGUUUUCUACCGUCGAGCUUGUCCAUUUGCACAAGAAUAAGCAUUUGGAAGAUAAGAUUUCCGUCAGCACCAGACAAUGUCCUGAAUGUAGUAGAUCGUUUGCCGUCGCGGACGACCUUGUGAAGCACGUUGAAGAACACGCGACUAUUACGAGGAAAUGUCCAGUGUGUGGUGUGUGGCGUGCACAAAUGAGUCAGCACCUCGCUCAAAAGCAUCCUGGGUACAAGGACGAAACACAGUACAAAUGUCCACAGUGCAAUCAACGCUUCCGGUUACGCCGCCGCUUGGAAGAACAUAUGCUGAGGCACGGACAGCAGGGCCGUUUCCGGAAAACCACAUGUACUCAGUGUGGUUUGCGUUUCAGCACCAAAUUAUUGUGUCGCAUCCAUGAAUACGAGCACGGAGACAAAGAAUUAUCAGACGAUCUGCCAAACCAAACUACAUGUGCUGAAUGUGCGGAAGAAUUGGAAGGUUUCGAUGCAUUGGUGAAGCACGUCAGAAUACACGGCCGGCAGACGGAGGAAUGCCCGGUUUGUAUGGGACGUUUUCAUGCGCUGAACGAACAUAUUCGGUAUCAUCAUCCCGGCUGCCAGUACCGGGUGAGGAAGAACUAUACAUUUUCUACGGAAGACAAUUCUUACCGGUGUGGAGAAUGCGGGAAGGAAUUCAAGUCCGGUGUCGGUCUAACCGCGCAUGUCAAUAGCCACGUCACGAAAGCUUUACUGACCGCUCGAACGUGUAGCGAUUGCGGUCUGCGAUUCAAGACAGAUAUCGGAUGCCGACUGCACACAGUGCGUCAUGGAAAUGUAGAAUUAACGGAGACCAUGCGUGACACACGACGGUGUCCUGAAUGCCGUCGGAACUUUGAAAGACUGGAGGAAUUGCUGGACCACAUUAGCAAUCACGGGAGAUCAACGGAAAAAUGCCCGGUGUGCGGAGACUGGUAUGCUGCUUUGACUGUUCACAUCCGGCGUGACCAUCCAGAUUUCCUCCCCAAAAAUGCUAUUACACCACGAAAAUCUACGAGCGACGGCUUGAAUGCUGAUGAUGCCAUCGACGAUGUCUGCAAAUGUCCAGAUUGCGGCAAAGAGUUUAAUUCACGCACCAGUUUUAACAAGCAUGUUGUGAAUCACCGGACAACCGACAAGCUCAAAACUCUGACGUGCAGCGAGUGCGGUCUGCGAUUUACAAGCGAUGUGUUGUGCCGGUUGCAUGAGGUCUGCCAUGGCAAAGUAGAGGUGUCGGAGGCUGCUCGUGCCACUCGAGAUUGCCCGGAAUGCGAUAAAGUCUUUGCAGAACUUAAUGAAUUGGUGGAACAUGUGGCACUGCAUGGAAGACACACGGAUAAAUGUCCGGUGUGCGGACAAUGGUAUGCCUCGCUGAAAGAACACAUUCGCCGUGACCAUAAUGAACAUUUCGCGGAAUUCGUCGCUCAAGAGAAACUAAACUGCGCCACGUCCAAGUCGAAGGAACGUGGUGGAUAUCGGUGCGGGAAAUGUGGAAAAGAACUUCCCACGCGUAACAGCUACGAUUUACAUAUGAAGAGUCAUCGGUUGAAAGAAAUGAAAUACGGGCAUCUGACGUGUAGCGACUGCGGACUGCGGUUUGGAAGUGAAUCCUUAUGCAAUUUGCAUCGGAUGCAGCAUGCUGAUAAGGACAAUUUGACCGAUCGUCAGGUGGAUGUGGAUGAUUGUCCGCAGUGCGGUGAAUCCUUCCAAGAAGUUAAAGAACUGGUGGAACAUGUGGCAUUACAUGGAAGACGCACGGAUAAAUGCCCGGUGUGCGGUCAGUGGUACGCCGCGUUGAAGGAGCACAUCCGUCGUGAUCAUAAUGAACAUUACACGGAAUUCGUCGCUCAAGAAAAAUCAACUAGCGACACGCCCAAGACGAAGAAACACGGUGAAUAUCGUUGCGAGAAAUGUGGAAAGCUGCUUCCCACGCGUACCAGCUACGAUUUUCAUACGAAGGCUCAUCGUUCCAACGAAGUGACGUACAAUUCUGUGACUUGCAACGAUUGCGGAUUGCGAUUUAGAAGCGGGUUGCUGUGUCAGCUGCACAAAUUGCAGCAUGCCAGCGACGGAUGCAGCAACGAGGAAUUAAAAAACACAAAAUCCUGCCCCGAAUGUGAAGAAGAAUUCCAAGGAGUCGCAUUGUUGGGUGCUCACGUUGCUGUACAUGGCAAAGCGACCAGCAAAUGCCCGGUGUGCAGUCGUUGGUACGGUGCUCUCCGAUUCCACGUGCGGCGCGAACAUCCAGAACAUUUUUUGAAAUAUACCGCACAGUUAAAUGCCAAUCGCGUACAAGUCCCGGCUAAAGCCGUAUCUGAUGAAUCGAAGCGAAAAGAGACUCCACGGAAAGGCUAUCGUUGUCCGAAAUGUUCCAAGAGUAUUGAGAAUUUCAGUGCUUUCACGUGCCACAUGCAGCAGAGUCAUGGCGUGGAAGAGCCAGCCGGCAUUGGGACGUGCGACAUGUGCGGUUUGCGGUUUCUGAGCGAACAGCUUUGUGAACUGCAUAAAGUACAGCACGGAUUAUUUAGCAAAAAUCUACAGUGCACAGGAAAAUGUCCCGAGUGUGGAGGGAAAUUUCAGCAGUUGCAAGCGUUGGCAGAGCAUGUUGCCACGCACGGAGUGCAGACGGAGAAAUGUUAUGUAUGCAACAAGUGGUUCGCUUCACUGCGUCAACAUGCUCCACGAUGUUUUAACCGCGCCGUUGUCCAUGACCGUUCCGAAUUUUCACCGUUGGUUGAUUCCCUUGCGAAAGCGUCGUCACCUCGAAAAACUGGACACAGAAAGAGAUACUUUAAAUGUCAAGAAUGCAUUAAGGAAUUUCGUUCGCGGGAUUUUUUGCAAGCGCACAUGAAGGCUGAUCACGCGGCACCGAAAUGCGUGGUUUGCGACGAAGUUUUGGGUAGCGUUGAUGAUCGGCACCAACAUAUGCUCACUCACAGCACAACAAACGAUCUGAAAUGUGGCAUCUGCAAGAAAACAUUCCAGUCAUCGCGUAGUUUUGCGGCGCAUGUGAAAAAGCAUGCAAAUGGGAAAUUAUGUGAACCCAUUGCAGAAGAAUUUGCGCCUGAUGAAUGUGUGGUGUGCCGGAAGUCAUUUGCGGAUUUUCUUCAGCUGAAUCAGCACGUGAAAAAGCAUAACCUUCAUGGUGGAUUUGAAUGCGCGAUGUGUGCUGAAAGGUUUCCUUUCUAUUAUUUAUUGUCCCGCCAUGUGAUGGAGAAACAGCAUUGGCGUCCGAAAAUCGGCAUCCCUUGCAGUGUCUGCCAUGAAGAGUUGCCCAACGAAAACGCCUUGCAGUUGCAUUUAUUUACGCACCACGAUGCGGAGUUGACAGUCAAAUGUUGUUGGUGCGCGGAACGGUUCACGUGCAACGAUGAUCUCGACGUGCACAUUGCUGCGGUGCAUGCACCGGCAGAUGGGGAGGAUUAUGGAAUGGAGGAAGUCGCUGUGGAUGACGAGUUGUUCGGGAAUGUUGGCGGGAACUGAUGGCACGAUUGACCGACGACGAAAACGAAUAGCUGGAUUCAUCCGCAAAUGAUGUGAUACCGACUUUCUUUUCAGUUCUAAUAAGCACUGGGGGGUACUAUUGCUUUUGAUAUGGGCUUUGUGCUUUGAUUAUUUUUGUAUUCCGUGAUUUUUCUGUGAUGGUAUAACUACAUGAGCGGCCCAGGCGAGCAGCUAGAUUGAUGGAAAUAUGUUUUUGUUUGGACUGUACGGGUAUUGUGUAAUCAGUGUCAUCCGUGUUUAAAUGGUUAUGUUAGUGGGGGAAUGGGUAUGUACUUUGAAUUUCAGGGAUUUUUGUUUUAGUCUGUUGUUGCUUUUGUAUUUCUUUGCUAGGGCACCAUAUUGUUUUGGUAAUGAAGACGCUGUUAAUUUGAACAGUUUCUCAUUAAAAAUCAUUAAGUUU